CUGAUAAAGCAAAAGCGAAAGUAGAAUACUAGGAAGGGUCGUUGUCAGCGAGCCCUGCAUUGUUUAGUAACCAUUAUUCCUACCGAUUAGGUAAACGCUAACAUCUAGCAUUCAUGUGAUAUUUCACAUACAGGCUCUGAUAAUCUAAUUCUGAAAGGAAUUUACAUGUGGAGUAUUCCUCCUUGUCUAUUCUCGCGAGAACUGACAGCGAUCAAAAGUAAUGUCAAGUCGCAAACGGAAGUGGGACGGUAAAUAUGUCGAGGUUGAUCCAUCCAAACGACGCAGAAGUGAAAGUUACUUUCAAGCAGGAUCACCCAACAGACACAACUUUCACCGCGGUGAUAGAUUCCCUGGAAGACCGUCGCAGAAAUAUGAACUGUUCUUUGGCUGGCAGUCACCUUUCAGUCAACACCACCCAGUCAAGUUCACAGUUGACGGCAAAGAAUUCAACUGUGCAGAGCAGUAUUACAUGUACAGGAAGGCAGCUCUUUUUAAAGACAAGAAUAUUCAGGAGAAGAUAAUGAAUUCCUGGGAUCCCAAGGAACAGAAGCGUCUGGGCAAGCAGAUCCAGAACUUCGACUUUGACACGUGGAUGCAGCACAGCAAGGAGGUCGUGGAGAAGGGCAACAUGGCAAAGUUUUCCCAAAAUCCCCACCUGAAGGAAAAGCUGUUUGCCACAGCACCUCGACUGAUGGUGGAGGCCAGUCCCUACGAUGCCACUUGGGGAAUUGCCUUACACAAGAAUGACCCCCGGGCUUGGGACGAGCGGACAUGGCAGGGUCAAAACCUGCUUGGACAAAUCAUCACCAAGGUGAGAGACAACCUGAUGAGACAAGACGGAGUUCUGGUUGGCGAAGAAGGGGGAAGUAUGGAAAAGACAGAUUACAGCUCUACAGGGGAUAGUUCAGAUGGGUUCCAAUGUACCAGUAAUGACAACAUGGACAGAAGAAGAGUGAGCUGGCAGAACUUACGUCAGGGAAGGGGUUCCGGACAAUUGGCGAGCAGCAGUGGGUGUCCAGAUGACCCUGGGCAGUUGUCACAGACAAGGGACAGUGACAACAGCGGACAAGAGGGAACAGGCAGGCAAAAGAAAAAGAAGAAAAAGAAGAAAAAGAAACGAAAAAACCAAAACAAGCCUUUUCCCAGACAGGACCGACCAAGAAACAUGGACACAGAAAAACAAGAGACACAUAAUCGAGGACAUUACAGCAGAGGGGAUAGUGAGAGGGGUGGGUAUGACACAGAGAGGCCCGACAGACGAGUAUAUCUUAAUGAAGAAGACAAAUAUAUAGGGAUGGUUGUCCGAGUCGACAAAGAUACCGUGUAUCAUUCGUGACCAACUCGUGUCCUUCCGACACAAGCCAAACCGAGACUAGUGCCCCUCUCGAAGGAUUCCAUAGUGGCGUUUGAACACGAGAACGACUUCCAACAAGAACGAUAACUCUUAUUCUACCCUCCCCUCCUCUUCUUCUAAUCUUUUUAGCGCUACGGUAGAGUUCGUUUGUUGUUGCUGCUGCUAUGGUAUUUUACCUCUCUGAUUUUAAAACAUCCUUUAAGAAGUAUGUCCAACAUACAAGUGAAGUUUACAAUAAAGAAUAUAACAAUGACUUACCUGAGAGUAAUAAUAUAUUUUUUUUAAGCUCUGUUUAACUGGAAUGAGGUAAGGCACGUUUUGGAAUAAAACAGAUCGAUGAUCAUGAUGUCAAUCACUGGAUUGUAUGGUCCAUACUAAAUUGUUUACAGACCGCCGUCAUAUAGCUGGAAAACAGCUGGGUGUGGCGUUAAACAAUAAACAAAUAACAAAUUCGCUGACCCAUGUGAUAUAUUUACUAAAAUGAAGAUGGUCGCAGGGCAUUAAGCCUCCUCUCUUAUUAUUAGUUGCAUGUCCAUUUUCUGAUAUCUAUCAAAGUACAAAACACAUUUGUCCAUAUUCCAUAAAUGUGAAAAUGAAGUUUACAUAGUGUUUUAAUUGUUGUUUUGUCGCUGUUGUUUUAAUAAAUGUGACAUAGCGUUCUUCAACACCAA